GACAGCUUUGUCUGUGGAAUUCUGGGAAAUCAGAGAGGCGGGCAGAGGAGGUGAGUUUCAGAUGAACUGGUGGACUCAGGGAACCUCGAGGCCCACGUGGGACAGGAAUGGCACCACCUCCCGGGCACAGUCUCCUUCUGAUCAGCACGCUGGGCAUCUUAGCCCUCAAAUGCCUCUCACGAGGCCAGCACAACAGCACCCUGAUCUUCACCAAGGAAAACACCAUCCGGAACUGCAGCUGCCCCACGGACAUCCGGGACUGUGACUACAGCCUGGCCAGCCUCCUGUGCAGCUGCGACACCGCCCUGCCCGCUGCCGCGGAGCCCACCAGCUACAGUGGGCGUCUCACCAUCUGGUUCACCGACUCCUCUGCGCUGGGCCUCCUGCUGAACUUCACGCGGGUCCCAGACCUGAAGCUCUCCCUGUGCGGCGCAAGCACCCUGCCCACCAAAUACCUGACCAUCUGUGGUCUGCAGAGGCUUCACAUCAGCAGCCAGGCCAAGCGCUCAGCACCAGAGCAGAGCCUGGUCCUCCACGAGGAGCCUGGAUUGAAGCCCACGUCACCCCCGGGCUGGCAUCCAUGUGCCUAUGUCUCAUUCCUAGACAUGGCCCUUUUCAACAGGGAGUCCUCCCUGAAGUCAUACAGUAUCCAAAACGUUGCCAACAUCACCAGUAACUUUCCCUACUUCCCUGACAUUAGAGCCUUCCCGAGUCUAAGCAACGAAAGCUACAUUGUAACAUUCAUUUACUAACAUGUUACUGUGUCCGACCACCGGGAACUCUGGCCCACUGUGGAUAAUGUGAAGAAGGGAUCUGGGAAUAAGUUCAUGGGUGUCUCUACCCACAGCCUCCCUUCUCCCCGAGCCCACUCACAGCAGAGCCACACAUGCAAGUAACCAGC